AUUUGAACAAAUAUUAACUCCAAUUUCUUUAAGCAAUUACAAAAACAAAACAUGUCCAGUUCUUUAACCUCAAAAAUUUCAAACUUAACCGGCCGCACUCUAACCAGCGGCACUCUGCCAACAUCCACACGUAAACUACAGCCUCAGUCCCACAAUGAGGUUGCUAGUGAUGAGUUAGCUUUGGAAACAUUCAUCAACAACCUACAAUUGCCUAUAUUUUUCCAAUUGUCUGAAGACGAACAACAAGAACGCUUGGACAAGAUUGAUGUAUUGGAAUUAUUUCAUGCUGUGCAAAAUAUAAAUCAUGAAUUGGGCAUGGUUAAAUUGGAAAAUUAUUUCCUGAUUGAUUUUCUAGAGAAAAACGAUCCGAAACUGUUGAUUGGCUUGCAACAGCGACGGGCUACCGCGCAAUCGGCUCAGCUAAAUGUAUUGAGACCGGGUGGUAAAGCAAGUGUCAUGUCUGUGGGUGGUAGUGUCAGUGCAGGUGGUCGUAGUUUAGUGGGUUUUAGAACAAAAAGUAUGUUGUCAAAAUCAUUAAUGACUUCGAUGUCUAUAUUAACGACUGGCUCGCAAAAGAAGGCGGCGCCCUAUGAGUAUAAAUUGAAUUUUCGUGCAAAGGCUGAGAUGGCAGAGAAAUUGGCAAAUGAGGUGGAAAAAAGAGUACAAGAAAUCGAGAGAAAUGCUUCGCAUGAAAUCAAACUUUUACGUGGUCACAUGGAAGAAAUGCAUUUUAUGCACAUCGAAACUCAAGAGACGGCCAAAAAUUUCGAACUACAUUUUUUGCGCGAUGAACGUGAUUUGGCCUUCUUAAAUAAUGCCACCGAAAAACAAAUGGAACGGAAAUUUCGAAAAUUCGUAAACAAUUGGAUUAAGAACGCACGAGCCCUGCUGGCCACCAUGCGUCUGAAAAUCACCGCGCUACAAGAACACUGCCAACAGCUGCGUAAUGAGCUCUUAACCAAAGCUGAUCUUAGUGGCAUACUAACAGCCAUUGAUUUUGAGAAAUUAAUUAUUAAGCGUAGCGAACUAUUGAAUGCUUUGGAAGAGAAAAAUGCCCAUAUGGCCGGUUUGAAGGGGGUGACGGGAAGAGCUUCUCUCUCUAUGGCCGAGGAAAAGCAAAUAAUGAUGAAUAUUGAGGAGGAGUCAAAGCAGUUGAAUAACAAGACCUUGGAAGUGGUUAAGACUAUUACUAAAUUGGAAAAGGAGGCUGAUGUUGUGGAGGCGGAAAAUCAAAAAGAUAUGUUGACAUUGGAAAAUUUGCGCACACAAUUGGAACGUUAUGAGGCGCCCAGUAUUAGCCAGUAUGUGCAAAAGAAAGAUGAAGUGUUAGCCCUGGAGAAGGAGGAGAAAAUGUUAAGAAGGAAAAUUUAUAUAUUGAAUAUGAAAUUGGAUAAUACACAAAAGAAAUGUAAACGUAAAAUAGAUUCAAAUAUAUUUAUAAAUAUUAUAGAGCAGUGAAAUAAAUCCUAAAAUCUUUGAAAUUUG